UAUAAUAUAUCGAACAUUUUGCUAGUGGCGUUCAAAGAGUAGGUACAAACAUAAUGUUGCGAUAGUGUCAAAUUUUUCGUAUAAAUAUUUUUGUUAAGAAUUCCUUACUAUUUCUGUGAUAUAUAAUUAACAUAAUGGAAUGUUUUUUUUUUAAUUAAAACCGGUGUAUGAAAUCGUCACCGAGUAUCUACAUGACAUGUAGAUGACCACACAUGCUAGAUAUCGUCAGUGGUCACUGCUUGAGAUGGUACAUGUGAAGUGGGUGGUGCUGUGGUCGCUGUGGGCAGCGCGGGUGGUGCGGCAACCAACAGCGACGGUGCGCGUCUCUGGAGGGUUGUUGCGUGGUUCCAUCGCACCAGCGGGCACGCAUACUGAAUAUUAUGGUGUACCAUAUUCUAUUAUCGGUCCUGAACAUAGAUUUAAGGCACCAGGACCAGAGACAAAGUGGCAGGGAGUUUAUGAGGCCAUCAAUGAGAACAUAAAAUGUCAACAAAACGCCUACAUAGGAGCACCUUUCAUAAUCGGAAAAGAAAACUGUUUGAUUUUAAAUGUAUAUACACCGUUAAAUACUAAUUCUAAUAGUUUAUUACCUGUGAUGGUGUUCAUUCAUGGGGGAGGGUUUUUCGAAGGAUCUUCCGGUCCGUUUUUGUAUGGCCCACAAUAUAUUGUUAGCAAGGGAGUUAUAUUAGUGACUAUUAAUUAUCGCCUUAAUAUCCAAGGCAAUUUGUGCUUACGAAUAAAAGAAGCUCCCGGUAAUCCAGGAAUGAAGGAUCAAGUAGCAGCUUUGAAAUGGGUCCAGAGAAAUAUUAAAGUGUUCGGAGGGGAUCCAGACAACGUUACGUUGUUCGGUGAAAGUGCUGGCGCAGCGUCCGUUUCCUACCAUGUACUUUCUCCGAUGUCAAAAGGUUUAUUUCACAAAGCGAUAUUACAAAGUGGAUCUUCACUUAGUGCUUGGGCUUACCAAUAUAGGCCAGUGUACAUGGCCAGUUUAUUGGCCAAAACAAUGGGAUAUAUAACGCAAGAUCCUUACAAGCUUUAUGAAAUAUUUUCAAACAAAUCUGACGCUGAAUUGAUUGUCACAAGGGUGCCAAGAAAAGAAGGCAAUCAAAUCAUAUCAGAGAUACUGUACACACCGUGUGUCGAAGAUGUUUUAGAAGGAGUGGAGCCAUUUUUAACAGAACUGCCGUAUGAUGCUUUAAAACAUGGUAGAUAUAAUAAAGUUCCCAUGAUAAUAGGUGCGAAUAAUGAAGAAGGAUAUCUAUUUAUGGGAAUGGAAAACGAUACGUCCAUUAACAAAGUAACAAUUGAGAGAUCUUUGCCAAAAGAUAUGGUGAUACUUAAUGAAAGAGAGCGGAAGGACGUGGCUGAGAAACUUAGAAAAAUGUAUAUGGGUGACGAUGUUGUAUCGAGAGAAACAGAAAUAAAGCUCUCAAGGUUUACUGGUGAGGUGUAUAUAAAUUACCCGUCGUUAGAAGAAACUAAUUUAAUAGCAAAUACUAGUGAUAAGCCAGUGUAUAGUUAUUUAUUCAGUUACGGCGGUUGGAGGAACAUCGCCAAGUUAUUUUCAGGGAAGAACAUAUCUAAGGCACCUGGGGCUGCUCACGCUGACGAUUUAUUUUAUUUAUUCAGUCAAACGUUGAUAUCAUCAUUGUUUGAAACUGAAAUGAUCAAUAAAAUGACAUCGUUGUGGACAAAUUUUGCAAAAUAUGGGAAUCCAACGCCGCCCGGGUUGGACACCCUGCCAGUGAGAUGGCCACCCGUGGACACUGCGGCCCCCGUCACAUUGAACAUUGACUCUGAGUUUAGUAUUAUACCAAUGUGGUACAGGGAUAGUCUUAAAAUCUUGAAAGAAUUGUACACAAUGUAUAGAAGAAGAGAGUAGAAAAAUUUAAAUAUGUAUUUAAAAAUAAUAUUAUUUAAUUCACUGUUUUUGGGUUGUGACUUCUUGAUGAAACCUCAUUAUAUUGAUUAUAAAUUA